CAAAGGCAUCGGCUUUGCUUCAUCGCGAGGCGCACCAACCCCCGGAUUCUGACACCUCCUCUCCCCACUCCUAUAGAUCCCGUCCCCUUUCCCAUUGGCACCGAGCAACCCAAAACCCUUCUCCUCUCCUCUCCCACCCACGAUGGCCGCCGCCGCCGCCGCCACGUCCACUGCUCACUCACUCCUCCUCCAGCGCCCCGCCGCGCCGAGGGCGCCCGCCGCCACCGCCUCCUCCCUGCGCCUCCCGGCGCGCUCCGCCAAGAUCUCUUGCACGGCGGUGGCGGCGCCGUCCGCGUCCUCCCCCGUCACGGGCGCCGGGGACCGGGGCGUCUACAACUUCGCGGCGGGCCCGGCGACGCUCCCGCUCAACGUCCUCAAGCGGGCGCAGGCGGAGCUCGUCGACUACCACGGCUCCGGGAUGAGCAUCAUGGAGAUGAGCCACCGCGGGAAGGAGUUCGACGCCGCCAUCAAGAAGGCCGAGGCCGACCUGCGCGCGCUCCUCGCGGUGCCCGACACCCACGCCGUGCUCUUCCUCCAGGGCGGCGCCACCACGCAGUUCGCCGCCGUGCCGCUCAACCUCUGCGCCGGCCCCUCCGACCCCGCCGACUUCGUCGUCUCGGGGUCCUGGAGCGACAAGGCCUUCAAGGAGGCCAAGAAGUUCUCCGCCGCCUCCGUCGCCUGGUCCGGCAAGGACGGCAAGUACACCGCCCUCCCGCCCUUCGACGACAUCAAGCAGAACCCGGAGGCCAGGUUCCUCCACAUCUGCUCCAACGAGACCAUCCACGGCGUCGAGUUCAAGGACUACCCGGAGCCCCGGAACAAGUCCGGCAUCCUCGUCGCCGACAUGUCCUCCAACUUCUGCUCCAAGCCCGUCGACGUCUCCCGCUUCGGCGUCAUCUACGCCGGCGCGCAGAAGAACGUCGGCCCCUCGGGGGUCACCAUCGCCAUCGUGCGCAAGGACCUCAUCGGCAACGCGCAGCCCAUCACACCGGUCAUGCUUGACUUCAAGACGCACGCCGACAACGCCUCGCUCUACAACACCCCGCCCUGCUUCGCCAUCUACAUCUGUGGCCUCGUCUUCGAGGACUUGCUCGCGCAGGGCGGCCUUGCGGAGGUCGAGAAGAAGAACGCCUACAAGGCUGGCAUCCUGUACGACACUAUUGACGCCAGCGGCGGGUACUACAUCUGCCCCGUGGAGAAGUCAGUGCGGUCGCUGAUGAACGUGCCCUUCACUCUGGCCAAGGGGCCGGACUUUGAGAAGCAAUUCAUCGCUGAGGCGGCCAAGGAGGGCAUGGUGCAGCUCAAGGGGCACAGGUCAGUUGGUGGAGUGCGCGCAUCCAUCUACAAUGCCAUGCCGCUUGCCGGCGUGGAGAAGCUUGUCGCGUUCAUGAAGGAUUUCCAAGCUAGGAACCCUUGAGUGGCUUGGGCUUAUGAUCAUUUGGUAAUGCUACUAUUUAGCAGGAUGUUUUGUUCUUCAUAACAUAAGUGAGCUCUGUGCAGGAGCUGCUUUGCGCAUUUGUGAUCCGUCUGUAGUAUUAGUGGCGUAGUAACUAUUUUGCAAUAUUUCUUUUCACUUUUUGGUGUUCGUGGAAUUCCAUUCCAUGGCCACCAUUGUUGUUGGAAUGUGUUUUGCUGGGAAUAAGGAAUAAGGUAGACGGUCAGUUAUCUCUAGAGCCGGUGAUGCUGUUGUAUCAUUCAGACUUCUCAGAGCUUAUAAAACACUAAUAAUUGAAAGGUUGGUUGGUUUUUGCCUCUCAAA